AUGGCGAAUGACAGUUGUCCGAAGCAGGAAGACAAUGGAGAUGACAGGCUCAGCAACUUGCCUGAACAUAUUUUGCUUACCAUCAUUGAUCGACUUGAUAUCCGCGAGGCUGCAAGAACCAGUGUCCUUUCUGGCGGGUGGCGGCACCUCCCUGCUAUGCUCUCUCGACUUGUGAUAAAUGUUUGGGACUUCUUAGACGCGUUCAAUUGCAACAAUGAUGAAAUUGUUCGGGGCAACGAAGCUGUGGUUAAAGUGACAAAGAGCAUCCUGGCACGCAGAGAUUUAAGCCGAAAUGCCAUCCAGUUUCUGUGCAUGACGUUCUUCUUGAGAGAAGAUGAUCCAAUAUCCAUUGGGCAUGCUGUUGCUCACGCCAUGGCAACCCAGAAGGUCGAGAUAGCUGAGUUCAUAAUUUUCACGGAGAGGGAUGAUACCCACUGCGACGACGAUGAUCUUGUCAAUUACGGGCGACAAUUCAUGCUAUUCUUCGGUGCAUGUUCCAAUGCAUUUGGUGGUCUCACACGUCUUAACCUAGAGAAUUUGAGAUUCGGGGAAUCAGACAUCCCUAACAUCCUCAACAUUUGCAAACGGUUAAAUCAUCUACGCCUGUUCAAUUGUGACUCAGGAAAUUCGACCAUGUUGCAAGUUGAGCACACACAACUCAUUGAGCUUGCUAUUGUUGAUUGUUCUUUUGAAAGAGUUGAGCUCAGCUCACUUCCGAAACUCACACGGAUCAUCUUUGAGGGUUGGAUCUCUUUCCAAGAUCCACUAUCUUUUGGUUAUGUCCCGUUGCUUGAUGUUGUAAGCCUCACAAAUGUUGGCCUUAGUUGGCACAAGAUGGUCAGGUUAAGUAAGUUUCUUCGGGAUACUAUCUCUGUGAGACAGUUGCAGCUGGGAUUUAAGUCCGAAAAGAUUUGGGUUCAACCAGAAUGUCUGACGGGAAGGAUGGCAUCCGUGUUUGACCAAAUGCGGUUUGUGAAUCUAGCUAAUAUUCCUGAGGGGUAUGAUCUCACCUGGACAUUGUUCAUUCUUAAAGCUGCGCCAAUCCUGAAGGAGCUAUACUUGAGUGUAUGGGAUCAUCUGUGUAUAAUGGAAACAGAUGCAAAGGAGAGGAAGUCACUCUCGUAUAGUGAGGAUAAAGGUGCACAGUGGGAAUCAUCUGCAACUGAUUUCCAGCAUCACAGUCUGGCCACGCUCGUCAUCUUCGGGUUUCAAGCUCGAGACUACAUGAUGAACUAUGUCAAGCGUGCCAUGCAAAUAUCGGUCAAUCUAAAGGAUGUGUUCUUGUAUGAUCGGUUGACAUGUGACAAGUGCUACGGCAAGCUUCCAAAGCCGUCGGAGUUUCCGCCUAAGUGGCAGCAAGGCUGUGUGAAGGAGAUAAUCACCAAGAGGAUCAAUUCGUCUGCCAUAAUUCACUUCCAUACCGUCGCCAAUUCAAGGGAUGAUCAUCUCGACAAAAUGUGGUUCCUGUAG